AUGGCACCCCAGGACCAGCAUGGCUCUGGAUCCAAACCAGUGAGGUCAAAACCAGGCAAAUACCGCAUCAAAUCAUCAUUGUUCCGUCAGCCGCCGCUCGUGCCUGACGCCCACGAUGCCGACCCAAUAUUCACAAAUAUAUUCUCAAAUAGAGAUCAGCUUUCGAUAUCAAAUCCUUCAGGUCCAGUACCCACCAACUCCACCUACCUCAGCUCGGACUCCAGUAUCAGUUUUCGGCGCGAACGCCUGGGUCUCUACGUCCAAAACUACGCCCCACCCCCCGAGCCGCAAUACAAGGGUCUCCAGGCCGCCCGCAGGGAGCCACAACCAAAGCCUGAGCCCAAACCAAUCGACUGGGGAGGAUGGGACAUCCCAGAACCAAAACCUAACAAUGUAGAUGAAAAUGACGAGCCGGUACUGUGGGGAGGAGCACCUGCGGGCGAUAAUAGUGUGAAGUGGGCUCCGACGAGCGGAAAAGGAAAGAAGAAGAACAAAAGCAAGGCAUCGCGUUUCCAGGGGCAUUUUCUGGAGCCGCCGGUGGCGAGGAUAAAAGUGGACAUCCAUGAAAAAGGUGUGAAGUGGCGAACGUCUACUAUCAAUGGUGGGCCUGGUACAGGGUUGGGAGACACUGCCGUGGGUUUUAUGCCGUGGGAAACCCCUGAGACGGAUGAGGGUCGUAACUGUAUAGACACCGAGAUGACCGGCGUCAAUACCUCAUCUGUGGCUCGCAAUGCCGACGGUCGAAAUGCCCAUGACGGUCACCAGCGUCCUGGUUUUUAUUUCCUGGAGCCGCGUCGCGAACAGUUUGUGCUAGAAGUGAGUGACGACGAAGAGGAGAACUCAGCAGGUGAUGAGGAUGAGGAUGAGGACGAGGGAGUAAUGUGA